AGAAAGCCCGAGCCGUGUGUUGCCACUAGUGCGAGCUCUGAUCACAUCUCGGUGGCAGACUGGAUUUUCUAACGAUUAACCAUCUCUCUUCCUGCUUCCAAUGAAUAUGGCGGGGUAGAGUCGAUCGCAGUUCGCUCAGGGUUUUUUUCACACCAGUUUCGUAACCUUUGACAGACGGGAAUAAAUCGCUGCCGAAAGGGUCCUCCUUGGUUUUACAGUUUUGUAUCGAACACAGCCAUUACUAAAGGGGCGAGUCUUUGUACUUCUGGUUUGACAACAGCUGCUGCAUACCCGGCCCCUUUCUGCUCCGUUGCAUAGGAAGUAGGCGAUUAAAAGUACUCGGCAACUAUCGAAUCAUGAGUUCUCCAAUACGUACAGUCAUUCUAGAGAGAAAACGAACAGACUACAAUGCUGAAGUGCCUAUCAAAAAGCAGUUUGCACAUGCAAGAAGAUUCAUCAAUCUAAAUUCAGCCUUUGAUCCAUAUACAACCACACUGCCUUGGUAUCAACACUGGGGACACGGUGAGUGCACAUUUAAUGAUGGGAUUUCGGAACGAGAGCAACCACUCCAGCUGUUGGCUCCACAACAAAUGCACAAUGUGCUCACCUCAGUUGAUGUGAGCUCACCUCUGCCACUGGUGUUACAAGCAACGGCCCCCAUAGACCUACGGACCGAUCUGCGGAUAGCGAUGCCAGUUGUGGAUCCGGCUGCCAGGGAGAGCCAGCUGCAGCAAGAACUACUCCUGCUGCAGCAGCAACACCAGAUUCAGAAACAACUCCUCUUCGCUGAGUUCCAGAAGCAGCAUGAAAGCCUCACCCGGCAACACCAAGUCCAGCUCGAGGACCACCUCAAGCAACAACAGGAUUUGCUCGCCAUACAACACCAACAGGAGCUUCUGGAGCAGGAACGCAAGUUGGAGAAACAGCGGCAACAGCAAGAGCUCGGGCGACAGCUCCGUGAGCAGCAUCUUCUGUUCCUUCGAAAUAAAGAAAGGGGCAGAGAAAGUGCAGUGGCCAGUACUGAGGUGAAACAGAAGCUUCAGGAAUUCCUGCUGAGCAAGUCAGCCAAAGAAUCUCCACCAGGUGGUCAGAGCCAUUCUCUCCCUCAGCAUCCCAAGCUCUGGUACAUGGGGGCCCACCAUGCUUCACUGGACCAGACUUCACCACCACAGAGUGGAACUUCUCCAUCUUACAAACAACCAUUACCAGGGAUUCAGAACACAAAGGAUGAUUUUCCCCUCCGAAAAACUGCCUCGGAGCCAAACUUGAAGGUGCGUUCCAGGUUAAAACAGAAAGUGGCAGAGAGGAGGAGUAGUCCAUUAUUGCGCAGAAAAGAUGGUACCAUUAUCAGCACGUUCAAGAAGAGAACACUUGAGAGAACAGAUUCCUCGGUGUGCAGCAGUGCCCCUGGAUCUGGUCCAAGCUCUCCCAACAAUAAUUCCAGUAGCAUGUCGUUGGAAAAUAGAUUAUCUACUUCACCUGCCGAGCAGUUGCAGCUGCAUCACAGGAUUCUGAACAAGGAUGGAUCAGUGAAUGCAAUAAAUCUCUACACAUCACCAUCAUUGCCCAAUAUUACUCUGCGUCUCCCAGCUACUGCUGUCUCUUCUGCUGCCUCUCAGAUCAACGUCUCAACAGCAAACCAAACUUCUGACAGACAUCCCAUUCAGGGAACAGCUCUUGCGGCUCAGUUCAGACGAAGUACUUCAUCUGCUUUCUUGCCACCUGCACCUUUUGACGGGAAGGUUAACAGCACCCAUCAAGCUCUGCUACAUCACGUACUACUGAUGGAACAGGCUCGAAGACAGAGUCCGCUCACAACCGGUGUGGUUCCUCUUCAUGCUCAUGCUGCAUCGAUAGGAGUGGGCGAGAAAUUGUCACCAAGUAGGUCUGCAAAUAAGCUGCCACGGCACAGGCCCCUUAAUCGGACACACUCUGCACCACUCCCACAAAACACCCAAGCUUUGGCACAGCUCGUGGUUCAGCAGCAACAUCAACAGUUCUUGGAAAAACAGAAGCUAUACCAGCAGAAGAAGCAAUUGAACAAGACACUUUCCCAACCCCAACGGCCAGAAUCACACCCAGAGGAGAUGAAGGAAGUGCACUGCAAACAAAAAGUCGUAGAGGAGGACAAGGGGCCUCCCAGUGGCAGCAGCAGGAUCAACAGCGAUGGGGUUCACGAGAGAGCAGCAGCAGAUACUGUGCAGGUGAAAGAGGAGCCCUCAGACAACAGUGAGCAGAUCCAAUUAAAACAGAACGAUCCAGUAGAAAGGAGCACAUUUUUUCACCAGCAGCUCCUGGAUCAUCAUCGUGUCCACCAGCUUGGAGCAUACCAAACUCAGAUGGCCAUAGUUGGCAUGACAGGGUCAGAGAGGCACAGGCCUGUUUUCAGGACACAGUCAUCGCCAGCUACUUCCACAUCGCUGCACACCACCGCAGACCAUCCCACCAGGCACGUCCAUUCCACCGGCAGGAGUCCCAAAGGAAUUCUUUAAUAGGCACUCGAAAUUCAGUAUUCUGAGGCGCUCAACAGAUUCCAAUGCUGUAAAUAACACAAAUUGCACUUUUGUUACACCUCGGUUAUUAUUAUUUUUUUAACUGUUCAUUGUCAUGUAAAACCUUAGUUACUCAAAAUUAGAGAUCAGUCAGAACCAAUUUGCUCCAUGCUUAUUUUUCUAUUCUUGGAUGUGCACUACCGCUCGGCAAACUACCGCUGCUAUGAGAUAUUGAGUUUGAAUGGGCAAGUUCUCUUAAACCCGAGAACUACAGCUCAAUCAAAUACAUGGCCAUUGCCUUAUUUUUUCUAAACAGUUGCAGCAUGUCAUUUAGAUACUGUAUCUAUGCCAUUGAUAUAUCUAAUUUUGCUCUUGCAACAUGGGUAGCUGGCAGGCAAACUUAGAGCAAGGAGAGGAAAGCAAAGUGUAAGCACAGCCCAAACAAUGUUUCCCUUCUCUUGAAAAUCAAAUAAGAUGUAAAAAGUAAUUGACAAUAACCAUUUGAAAAACACAGUUAAUUUUGCAUUGGCAGAAUAAUAGGAGCAAAUUUUUUGGCACAAUUUAACUACAAACAUUUGAUGCUGACAGAAUCAUAACCUAAACUAAAAUGACAAAUCUUUUGUAUGGAUGGAUAGAGAAAAAAAGUGAUUUUAUUUUAUACUGCUUAGAAAAAUAAAAAAAUAAAAUGUCACCUUCAUAAUAUAUGAAUAACAGAACAAGUUAUUUUAAAGUUGCUUAAAAAUAUAAACAUUUGCUUUUUUUUAAUGAUAAAAGUUCUUCAGUUCAGCAACCAUUUUGAUUUUAGGAAAUAAUUUUAAUUGUAUGAAGGAGUAAUUUAUAUGCAUCUUCACAGUUUCAGGUUUUGCCAAGGAAUUGUCCCCAAGAUAUAGUCACUGUUGUAAUAUAAGAAGAGAUGGUACUUUCAAGAGUUGGUCUUUUUUGCACUUGGAAAUCUAUAUCUGCUGUAUUUAUUAUUUCAAUAGUGACUUGCACAAUUAAUGCUCUAGGGUACAAUUAGAGAAAUCUACGGGGUCAUAGGAUCAUAUAUAACUUUGUGUUCAAAACAUAAACAGCAAAUUGCAAUUCUUCUCUGCAUUUGAAUUUAAAAGUCCCUCCCAAAAUAUUGUUGAAGGAAAAUAUUUAUUUGGUUUACUAAUUUUCUAAACUUAACUUUUGAAAGUAAUAUUUUAUUGCUUUUAAUUUUUGGACUCAUUAGAUAUGACUUCACAUUUUGCUACAACAAUAUAAUGCUCUGUCAUGCCACUACUGAAAUUAUAUUGAGUUGAAAGGGAAUACAGUCUCGUAUUAAAUGAUGUUGAAUUUAUGUAGUGCAGAACAUUGUUAGAUCAAAGAAGAAAUCACAAAAUUCGAUGUAUGUAAUAAAUAAAACAUAAAAUUAUGGCUGAAUGUUUUAUUCACUAAGUCAGAGGAAGGAUCCCACUGAAGGUCUUCUCCUUUAUUUUCAUUUUUUUUUAUGAUCAGUUAAUUAAAUAUUCUCGUUCUUCACAUUUGAAAGAGGAUUACACUCAUUUUAUUUUACUUCAUAGAUUUUUUGGUUAAGGGAGAAAGGCCUAAAACGAGAGUAACAAUUUUACCAAUUUUACUCAUUCUUGAGUGACGUUCCAAAAGGUAGUGCAAGAAGGCACUUUUGGGGGGGCAUUUCUGGGAAGGCAACACAGAUUAACACUUUCAGAUAGAGAUCCACUGUUUUUUUCUCUUCCUGGUGCUCCACAGACCCCAUAGUUUAAUUCCAGCAGGUUUACAUGCUCACUGUUUACAUAUUUUCCUUUUCCUUUCUAAUAUAUAUUUUAUACUGGCAUUCCUACACCAAUUGUACCUUUUUGAUUAGAAGUCAUAAUAUGAUUCUGGAGGUUGGGUAUAGGUAAAGAGAAAGGAACUCAAAUGGUAUCCACAGAGUCUGAUAUAGAUUGAAUUUCAUCCAGCAAGGUAGUAAGUAAGCAAAACCAUUAAUUGCAUUUAUUCACAGCCUUUUUAGGCAUAUGUCAAAUUUAAAAACAAAAGAUUGUAUUAUUUUAAAUGUGAUUUUUUUUCAAUGUUGCUUUUUAAACAGCUAUUAGCUGCUAGCUUCACAGUUCUAAUUAUGUGUUGUAUAUUUUAGCCACUUUGCUGCAGAAGAGUCAGACAACUGUUAAAAUGUAUUGAUGUGUUGAAAAGACAAUUAAAAAAUUGAAUAAAUAAAACAUGCAUU